GAAAUCACUAACCCCCGGGCCACCUCUCACUCAGUUGUCUGGUCAAGCUCGGCUUAUCCGCAGUCCCCGGAAGCCAACUCAGCCGGUCGUGCAGGCGCAGAUUGACAGGCUUGGUUUCUAUGGUUCCAGGGCGCGACUGCGGAAGCCAUGCCUUUCUUUGAUGUGCAGAAAAGGCUGGGUCUUGACUUAGACCGCUGGAUGACAAUCCAGAGUGCUGAGCAGCCUCACAAGAUUCCAAGUCGAUGCCACGCUUUUGAAAAAGAAUGGAUAGAGUGUGCACAUGGUAUUGGUGGUAUUCGCGCGGAGAAAGAGUGCAAGAUAGAAUUCGAUGAUUUCGUAGAGUGUCUGCUUCGACAGAAAACGAUGAAACGUCUGAGUGCCAUCAAGAGGCAGCGGGAUAAGCUAAUAAAGGAAGGGAAGUACACACCUCCACCUCAGCACUUGGGCAAGGAGGAUCCUCGGCCCUGAGCAGAGCAGCUGCCGGUGGCUGGAGGCUGAUUUUCACGUUCUCUCUUCUCUGCUGGAAACUUUACGUACUGAAAACCCUUUUGUGAAAGUGUCUAAAAAUAAAGGAUUGCUCUAUCCUA